AUGUCUUCUAAAAAUUUCUCUUUUCUAUCUUCCAGUGUCCAUGCCAUUAAUGAAGCCUUGCUAUUCAUUAUGGCACACCAAUCCUACCCCCUCGAUCUAUGUUCACAAGAUACUAUUGCACCAUCCUCCUCUAUCUCCCAAGUCUUUACUGAUGGCGAUAAUCAGACAGAGGUUAAUACCUGUUCUAUUUUCUCUCCACCCCCUGAGCUUGAUUCUCUGCGUCUCUCCAAAGGCCGCAAAAUUAUUCAGUAUCCGACCGAGCAAGAAAAGAUUCAUAUCUUUGAAGAAUGGUGGAAUACUACUACCUGGGCCGAGAAACGGAGAGAAGCCAAAAAGCCAUUAGUUCGAUUCAAUCCUAAAAGACACUCAUCUGUAUGGGACAAAUUCCACGAAGGCGCCCAAUUCCCGGAUGGGACCCCCUAUGUCUUUUGUGUCUCAUGUUCUCAUCUGCUCCAACAUCCGUCAACAGAGCACACUGGGACUAGUUCAAUGGCCUAUCAUGUCCGAAAAGGCUGCCCUAAGAAGUCGUCUUCGGUGCCUUCCAAACGAACAGUAGCUCAGAUGCUAAGUGAAAAACCGGGCCCGACAACCAUCUACACCGAACAAGAAUUCCUUGACCAAGUCCUGCGAUUUAUCGUUGCCUGCCGUCUACCUUUUCGAACUGUCGAGCAUGUCCAAUUUAAACGAAUGAUCAAUCUCGCCGCUGCCGGAUCAUCUCGCAGACCGCACAUUCCGAAUCGAAAGCAAAUCCAGGAACGAUUAAUCGAGUUAUCGGAUGAAAUCCACACACAGCUACUCUCACGGUUCCCGGCGACCGGCAGAAUGUCAAUUGCACUUGACUGUUGGACAAGCCCGGAUCAGAAAGCAUUUCUUGCACUUACUGGCUAUUUCUUGACGGACGAUCUAGAUUAUCAUGAGAUUAUUCUGGGCUUCCGACCGGUAUCCGGUUCGCAUACAGGUGAAACCCUUGCUGCCAUUGUUCUGUCGGUUCUUCAUAAGCAUAAUCUAUGCCAUCGUCUACUAGGGGUGACAACCGACAACGCGAGCAACAACAGUACUAUGUUCUCCUCCCUUACAGAGCAACUUCGCGAUGAACUUGAUACGAAUAUCCAGAUUCAGGAUACUAUCGCCGACCCGGAGCUUUCCAAAAUCCUUCGGAAUCAGCAUCACAUCCCAUGUCUUGCUCAUGUUAUCCAACUCUGUGUUACCUCCUUUAUGAAUAAAUUGCGGAUCGCAGCGGAGAAUGACACUGUCUCCUACAUAUGGGAGAACAGCGAUGAAACGCUCAAAGCGUCUGGUAGUAUUUCACGAGCCAUUGAAAAGGAGGAUGCUGAGGAAGGCUUCCUCAGCUUCCUUUCGGUUAUGACCGAAAAGAUUCGAAAAAUCACUAAAUUCGUGAACGCUAGCCCUCAACGUCGUGAAAGAUUUCAACUUACUCAGCGUCUGGAAUCUGGAUCUGUAUACUAUCUUCUUCUCGACUGCAAAACCCGCUGGAACUCUUCCUACCUGAUGAUUCGACGCGCACUGAAGCUCCGCCAACCAAUCGAGAGCUUUAUCCAGCACUGGGAUAGUCAGAAGCUUGACUACCUGCGGCCUACACCGGUAGAAUGGAAACAGUUGGAAUAUCUUCUGGAGCUUCUAUAUCCGUUUUACAUCUUCACGUCCUGCCUCUCGGAGAACACCGGCCCUACCGUCCAUAGGGUAUAUGAUAUCUACAACGAUCUGUUCGACCAUCUGGAUCUUGCCAUCAAUCGUCUUCGGAACAAACGAGCCUCGUGGAAACAACAGAUUCUUGAAGGCUUAGAAGAAGCCCACAAGAAACUCCGGAAAUACUAUCGGCGAACAUACCAAGCAGAGGGUUAUAUCUAUGCUAUUGCAACGAUUCUUGAUCCUACCUCCAAGCUUGAGAAGUUCAAAACAGCUACGUGGCUGGACGAUGACACUGAUUGGUAUCAAAAAUAUCGCACUGUUUUUGAGAAGGUGUUCCACUUCUACCGCAGUCAGAAUCCAAGUGUCAACACGCCAUCGACUGUUUCAGACCCAUUAUCUGGACUGAACAAGGCAUUUUACCAUCUCUCGAAACGACGAAGACUUGCCACUUCAUCAGAGACCUUUGAGGAGCUUAAGGCCUAUCUUGAUAUAGAAGGCACUACUGGUCAAACUGAUAUUAUUGCCUACUGGAAAUCUCGUCGCAACCAGUUCCCGAUCCUCUACUCUAUGGCAAGAGACUUCCUUACGGUCGCAACCAACGGUGUCAGUGUUGAACGCCUCUUCAACAGCUCCCGAGAUAUCUGUCACUAUCGCCGGAGUCGGUUAUAUCCCGAUACUAUUGAGGCGAUUAUGCUGCAGAUGUGUACCGAUCGCUUUACCAUCAAUGAGGAAUAUCAGCAGAUUCUUGAUGAGGUUGACCCCGACUCCAUUGUCUUUGUACACAAGGAAGAAGACGAUGAUACAACCGAAGCGCCUUUGUAUAUUAGUGACAAUGAGGAUAUGGAUGAUAUGGAUGAGGAUCCGGAGGAUGGAUUGUUGCCAGAACCUCCGCAUACUACCCGGACUGUUAAAGAGACACGAUCCCUUCGACAUCAUAAACGACGCCCGGGACAGUAUAAAGAAUAG